CAUUGCCCAACACAUUCCCGACUCGAGAGAGAUCAAGGGACUAGGGGACAGCAGAAGUUUAUUACCGGUGGACUACGCAGACGACGUUCUGAAACCGGCUAUUCUACUUCGACAAGGUUCUUCUGAAGAGGCCGGCUUUCAGAUUGGAAAGCAAUGAUGUCCAUGCAAAUGAGUGAGGCCGAGAGCUCGGUGAAGGUGGCGGAGUGGCAGCAGACCUACUACGCGUCGGACUCGGGCAUCCAAUCAGGCGCCACCACCGUGAGAGACGACGAGGAGUCCGAGUGCAGCAAGAAGUACACGGUCAGCAGCAGCACGGUGGUGGAGAGCAGCUCAGAGGCGGAGUACACCCUGACGCGGGCGCAGCGCGUGCGGGCGGCCAUGUUUCCUGAGACGUUGGUGGAGGGGGAGGCGGUGCUGUCCACCACCCAGACCGAGGCGGGCCAGCAGACCAACGUGCAGCGGCUGGCCGAGCCCUCGCAGCUCCUCAAGACCGCCAUCGUGCACCUCAUCAACUACCAGGACGACGCCGACCUGGCCACGCGCGCCGUGCCCGAGCUCACCAAGCUGCUCGCCGAUGACGACCAGGUGGUGGUGAACAAAGCGGCGAUGAUCGUGAACCAGCUGACGCGUAAGGAGGCGUCCCGGCGCGUGCUGAUGCAGUCCCCUCAGAUGGUGGCGGCCAUCGUGCGGGCCAUGCAGAGCACGGGCGACAUGGAGACGGCCCGGGCCACCGCCAGCGUCCUCCACAGCCUGUCCCACCAGCGCGAGGGCCUGCUGGCCAUCUUCAAGUCCGGUGGCAUCCCCGCACUCGUGCGCAUGCUCAGUUCCCCAAUGGAGUCUGUCCUGUUCUACGCCAUCACCACGCUCCACAACCUGCUGCUCCACCAGGAGGGGGCCAAGAUGGCCGUGCGUCUGGCCGACGGGCUGCAGAGGAUGGUGCCGCUGCUGAAGAAGAGCAACCCCAAGUUCCUGGCCAUCACCACCGACUGCCUGCAGCUGCUCUCCUACGGCAACCAGGAGAGCAAGCUGAUCAUCCUGGCCAAUGGGGGUCCAGAGAGCCUGGUGUACAUCAUGAGGAACUACAACUAUGAGAAGCUGCUGUGGACCACCAGUCGAGUGCUCAAGGUGCUCUCAGUCUGCCCCAGCAACAAGCCCGCCAUCGUGGACGCAGGGGGCAUGCAGGCUCUGGGGCAGCACCUGACCGGCUCCAGCCAGCGCCUCAUCCAGAACUGCCUCUGGACCCUGAGGAACCUCUCGGACGCCGCCACCAAGCAGGAGGGCCUGGACGGACUCCUCCAGAUCCUGGUGAGCCAGCUGGGCUCGGACGACGUCAACAUGCUGACGUGCGCCACCGGCAUCCUGUCCAACCUGACGUGCAACAACGCCCGCAACAAGGCGCUGGUGACGCAGUGCGGCGGGGUGGAGGCCCUGAUCCACGCCGUGCUGCGCGCCGGCGAGAAGGAGGACGUGGCCGAGCCGGCCGUCUGUGCCCUGCGCCACCUCACUAGCCGACACCCCGACGCUGAGCUGGCCCAGAAUGCUGUGCGCCUCCACUACGGCAUACCCGCCAUCGUCAAGCUGCUGGGACAACCACACUACUGGCCCAUCGUCAAGGCUACCAUUGGUCUGAUUCGGAACCUGGCACUGUGCCCAGCCAAUCAGGCACCUUUGAGAGAGGCCGGAUCCAUUCCCCGAUUGGUCAAUCUGCUCCUGAAGGCUCACCAGGACACCCAGAGACACGCCUCCAGUGCUCAACAGACCUACCAGGAUGGAGUGCGCAUGGAGGAGAUCGUGGAGGGCUGCACAGGGGCGCUGCACAUCCUGGCCAGAGACCCCAUCAACAGAGGAGAGAUCGCCAGCAUGCAGACCAUCCCUCUCUUUGUACAGCUGCUGUACUCGUAUGUGGAGAAUGUGAAGCGUGUGGCAGCAGGAGUGCUGUGUGAGCUGGCCCUGGAUAAGCAGUCAGCAGAGAUGAUCGACGCCGAGGGAGCCUCCGCACCCCUCAUGGAACUCCUGCACUCCACCAACGAGGGCAUCGCCACCUACGCGGCCGCCGUCCUGUUCCGCAUCUCGGAGGACAAGAGCUCCGACUACAGGAAGAGGGUGUCCGUGGAGCUGACGCACUCGCUCUUCAAGCACGACCCUGCCGCCUGGGAGCUGGCCCACACAGCUGUCCCACUGGAGGCUGCAUACAUGACAGAUGAGCUGGAUGGGGCCUACCCCCCGUACGGCUACGCUGACAUCCCCAUGGACGGCCUCCCCCUGGACGCCGAGCUGCACGAGGCCUACAUCCCAGACAUGGGCUACGACCCACGACAGGGCUACCCCGAGCCUCUCUAACACUAAGGCACAAGAUGGAGAAGAGAGGAUGACCUACUGUGGCAGUGGCCGGACAUGAAGCAAAACAGAGACAUCACAAAGGGAAGAACCCAUCUAACAGGGUUGGGCUGUCUCGAGCUGUCUGUUGUUGACAAAAUGUUGUAUACAAACAAAACAAAAAAACAAAGUUGAUUCAGUGUUCCUUAAAAGAAAAAAAAGAGACAAAAUGGUCAAGUUGCUUUGUUUUAAACUUUGAUGUUACGGGUGGCCAAGCUUCACCACCUUUUAGAUGCAGUGUGUUAGCUAUUUCCUUGCAGAAUUCCUGUGUCUGUUUUCUGGGGGGGAGGGAUAUUUUUUUAGUCUCUUACUGCAUGUUGGACACAACAUCUUGCUCCUCCGAGGCAACCUAUGGAGGCAUUUUACCUAUGAAGGGGAAAGGUCAUGAUUUUGCAAAGCCAGUCGGAAUAAACACGUAAAAACAAACAGCGGGGGAUUGAAAUUAGCGAUCGGAGAGAUGACCCCCAUAACCCACUAAUCCAAUCAACAGACCUUGAUGUGUUUGCGCUUCAUUUGGCAUAUGCAGGCCUUCCACUCACAUCACCAGGGGUCUUGUUCAUUUAUAAGACUUUGCACAAGUUUAUGUUAAAACAGCACACACAUGACUUUCAGAUUUUUGUGUGCACAAAAAAGCAUUACUUGUGAUAUCUGUUAUAAAGCCAUGUGACGUGUGUGUGUGUGUGUGUGCAUUCGUUCCAUACCAAUCUCUCUGCAAGCACUUGUGUGGAUCAUUCUACAACCACAGUUGUCUAUAUAUCAAGUGUGAAAUGACCAGUAUUAUUAUUCAGUCAUAGACAAAGGAAGCACUUGCAUCCAGAUGUGAUCACAAUCGGCCUCUUAUCUCCAUUGGCCAGUAGAUCUUGGUCUGGGAAAAUUUGCUUUCUUCCAAGUGUUAAACUUGCAGCAUCCUCCACAAGUGCAAAAUCUGUGCACCACUUGGCUUCAAUUCACUCUAACAUCUGGUGUACAGCAGACUAGGCUAACUGAUACCUACUAGUAUUCAAGAAAUAUAACAGUAAAUGUCACGACAUGCAUUAAGGUCAUAUGAUGAUUCAUUAACAAAACACUGACUGCUUUGGUUAUAUUGAUAAAGCAUAUAGGUCUAUCCACAUUCAUUUUCCUUUAUUAUCAAAUAUGUUAUUUUAUUUGUUACGUUUGAGAUAGCCAUCAACGAACUAUGUUUUAGUAGACACUCAGUAUGUUUGACUUUUUUAUACUGAAUAAUGUUUUUGUUACUUUUAAGUAUGGACUUCAGCCAAACAAUGUUGUGAUAUGUAAUACUUUUUGAAUUCACAUUAUAUUUCAAUUUAUUCUCUUUCUUCACCUUUUCCCCCAUCAAGCUCACUUUGUUAUAAACCCAGAAGUUUUUCGUAGACAGUAUAUGUAUUCUUCUGGGCAUACACAACAUUUAUUAAUGAGGUUCCAGAACUUCAAAGAACAAUAUUUGAAAACGCUGUGGCCAGAGCUUGUGUUUAGGUCGUGGAGUGUGUUUAGUCUAAGCACAGGCAAAGCCACUUUAUUGAAAGUAACACACACACACACACAUACUGUAUGUACCAGUAGACAGGCAAACAGCAAAGUACUUCUGAAUAUUCACAUCUACAUUAUACCACAGAAGGCAUAUGAUGCCAAAAUGGCAUCUUGUGGAUGCCAUGCACAUUUGAACUGACAGUACUGACCACUUCACAUUGCGUAGCGUUGAGGAAGACUUCCUUGUGUGGGUGUGGGUGUGGGUGGGUGGGGCUUGGUAUACCAUGACUAAAUCUGAGGUGAGGGGCCGGGGGGGUUAAAGCCAAAGAGAUUUAUUUUGUGAUGAUAAUCAUGUAGCCUCGUGUGUGUGUUUGUUUGUCUGUUUCUCUCCCUCUCGUGUUCAUAGUGCUGUGGUCGUCGCAGGCACUGCUAGGCGACUCGACACACCUUAAUCCUUAGCAGAAACAGACGUCUCUCUGCACAUUCCAAGUUUGUCUGUGAGAGAAAAUGAACAAACAAACAAUAUAUUAUAUAUUACAAGUGUUGAGGGAGGACUGUAAACUCACUAUGACGGGCAGGGGAGGGAUAUUAACUAUGAAUAUGCAUUUUUACAGAACCUUUUUAGUUUGAAACUUUUUUUGAAAUAAAAUAAACUAUAUU